CACACAUGCGCACACACGCAUACACACCACAGAUUUUACUGGGACUUGUUCAUGUUGAUCUUGUUGAUGGCCAAUCUGGUCAUCUUACCAGUGGCCAUUUCUUUCUUCAAUGACGACCUGAGCACGCACUGGAUCGUCUUCAACAGCAUGUCCGACACUGUCUUCCUCGCUGAUCUACUCAUCAAUUUCAGGACUGGCAUCAUAGCGGACAACUUUGCAGACGAAAUAAUUUUGAGCCCGCGGGAAAUAGCCCGCCACUACCUCAAAAGCUGGUUCACCCUUGACCUCAUCAGUUCACUGCCCAUUGAUUACGUCAUUCUUUCAUUCUCACCCGAUGCUAACUAUCAACUUUUGCAUGCUGGUCGAGCUCUAAGGAUAUUCAGGUUGGUGAAGUUGCUGAGUCUGUUACGUCUGCUACGAUUGUCACGAUUGGUCAGAUACGUCAGCCAAUGGGAGGAGGUCUACUUUUUGAGUGUGGCCAGCAUGUUUGUUCGCAUCUUCAACCUGAUCUGCAUGAUGUUGCUGAUUGGACACUGGAAUGGCUGUCUGCAGUUUCUCGUCCCCAUGCUCCAGGAGUUCCCGGCCAACACCUGGGUCUCCAUCAACUCCCUCCAGCGCGCUCACUGGACAGAGCAGUACACGUGGGCGCUGUUCAAGGCCCUGAGUCACAUGUUGAGCAUUGGUUACGGCAGAUACCCCCCACAGUCCACCACGGAUGUCUGGCUGACCAUCGUCAGCAUGCUGUCCGGCGCAAUUUGUUACGCACUGUUUGUCGGACACACGACAGCCCUCAUACAAUCUUUCGACACUUCCAAGAGACUCUACAGAGAGAAGUUUAAGCAAGUGGAGGAGUACAUGAUGUACAGGAAGUUGCCCCGCAAGUUGCGUCAGAGGAUCACGGAGUACUACGAACACAGGUACCACGGCAAGAUGUUCGACGAGAUAUCCAUCCUCAAUGAGCUGAACGAGUGCUUGAAAGAAGAAAUAGUGAACUACAACUGCAGGGCCCUCGUCGCCUCCGUGCCCUUCUUUACCCACGCCGACCCCAACUUCGUUUCGGAGGUCGUUUGCAAACUGUGCUACGAGGUAUUUCAACCAGGUGAUUACGUUAUUAAAGAAGGGACCAUCGGGACAAAAAUGUACUUCAUACAAGAAGGUAUUGUGGACAUAGUGACCAAAGACAACGAGGUAGCCACGAGUCUAUCUGAUGGUUCCUAUUUUGGAGAAAUUUGUUUGCUGACGAACGCGAAGAGAGUGGCAAGCGUGAGGGCAGAAACCUACUGCAACCUCUUCUCCUUAUCUGUCGAGCAUUUCAACUCCGUUUUGGAGCACUACCCUGUCAUGAGGAGGACCAUGGAAACUGUGGCUGCCGAGAGACUGAACAAAAUUGGGAAAAACCCAAGUAUGGUAAGCACUAGAGAAAAUUUCGAGGAGGACAUAUUUGUCGUGAACGAACUCAUCAAACAAACGACGCCACAAGAAAGGUUGGGCUGGAAUUUUCAUCUCUAA